AUGCGGUUUCUUUCGGUUGUCCGUUUGGCAGCGUUGGUAACCUCCUGGGCCUCAAUUGCUCAGGCAAUUCGUCCUCCUAUCCCGGUCCCUGAACCCGUUCCCAGACCGGUCUCGCUUCAGUCAACCUCCACUCAGGGACAGGCGACCUUUCAGCAGCUGCUAGACCACCAUGAUCCUUCAAAGGGCACUUUCUCGCAGAGGUACUGGUGGAGUACGGAGUUUUGGGGUGGUCCUGGAUCGCCAGUGAUUCUUUUUACCCCCGGUGAAGUCGCGGCCGAUGGAUACCAGGGAUAUCUCACCAAUAAAACCUUGACCGGACAUUACGCGCAGGAAGUCCAGGCGGCUGUGGUUCUAGUGGAACAUCGCUACUGGGGUGGCUCUUCUCCCUACAAGAAUCUCACAGCGGAGACUCUGCAGUACUUGACACUGGAGCAAUCUAUUCUGGACUUUACCCAUUUUGCGAAAACCGUGCAGCUGCAGUUUGACAAUUCCACUCGCAGCAAUGCGCAGAGAGCUCCCUGGGUCUUUGUCGGAGGAUCGUACAGUGGUGCCCUCGCAGCCUGGACCGAAGCAACAGCCCCCGGUACCUUCUGGGCUUACCAUGCGACCAGUGCCCCUGUGGAGGCUAUCUACGACUUUUGGCAAUACUUCGAACCCGUCCGAGAGGGUAUGCCUCAGAACUGCAGCAAAGAUGUCUCCUUGGUCGCCAAUUACAUCGACGGGCUUGGAAAGAACGGCACCACCAGAGAAAAACAAGCCGUAAAGGAACUGUUUGGUCUCGGUGAUCUGGAGUAUUACGAUGACUUUGCUGCGAUAUUCCCCAUCGGUCCAUGGUCAUGGCAGAGCAACAGCUUCAUUACUGGGUAUUCAGACUUCUAUCAAUUCUGUGACUCUGUUGAGAACGUCAAAGCCGGCGCACCAGUCGUCCCCGGACCAGAGGGCGUCGGUCUCCUAAAAGCCCUGGCAGGCUACGCCAAAUGGUUCAAUUCAACUGCCCUUCCUGGUUACUGCGCUAGUUACGGUUACUGGACCGACGAACGAAGCAUCUCCUGCUUCGACACGCACAAUGCCUCUAGCCCGCUCUUCACAGAUACCUCCGUAGCCAACGGCAUGGAUCGUCAAUGGCAAUGGUUCCUCUGCAACGAGCCCUUCUUCUACUGGCAGGACGGCGCCCCCGAAGGCAAAACCACCAUCGUCCCUCGCACCGUCAGCGCAGAAUACUGGCAACGCCAAUGCCCACUCUUCUUCCCCACCGUGAACGGCCACACGUACGGUAGCGCGAAGGGAAAGAAUGCUGCCACAGUAAACGCCUACACGGGGGGUUGGUCAAGGACGAAUACGUCGCGGUUGAUUUGGACGAAUGGUCAAUACGAUCCAUGGCUUGACUCGGGCGUUUCAUCUCGAUUCCGGCCCGGUGGCCCGCUAAAGAGCACGGCAGCUGCGCCGGUGCAGGUUAUUCCGGGUGGAUUCCAUUGCUCGGAUCUGUACAUGACGAGCUAUGCGGCGAAUGAUGGAGUCAGGAAGGUGGUUGAUAAUGAAGUGGCGCAGAUUAAGGCCUGGAUUGGGGAGUAUUAUAACUAA